AUGGUCGACUCCCAUAAUACAGAGGCCGCCAAAGGCAAGCUACCAGUUGCAUGCAACUCUUUAUCAGCUAACAGUACCCAGUCUACAGCACAAGAAGCGCUUGAUUUUCUAAGACAAACAUGCUCUGCUUGCAGCGCCGCUCUGCAGCAGCCUUUGGCUGCCUCUCAUCAAGGACCCUCUUCCACCACUCUGCGUAGAGACUUCAUCUCUCUACUCACUCUGCUGUACACAUCGACGACGAAACUCGCGUUAACCCUUCGCCCGGGUGAGCCUGCGCACAGGGCGGCACUAGAGCCUUUGAGGGAUCUCGCGGCCAAUAUCUCGGCUCUUACUACUUGCUCAACACUAUUCGCUUGCUGUGGUACUACGCUUGCGAGCGAAGCUCGAUCAUUUGCAAAAAAUGUCUGCGAAGCUGUGGAGGUGCUUGCGGCUUCGUUCUUAGAGGGCGGGGAAGAUUACUUGGUACGCACGGGCGCGGUGCACGAUUUGAUCGAGAAAGCAAAGGGCGAUCUUUCGCAGGAUAAUUGCGCUGCCGUUCGGAGGAGGUGGGUCUCGGAUCGGGGGAUGCUGGAAGAUACGUAUGGAGAGGUUACAGCCAUGAUCACCGAUGCAGACGCUGGAGGGGAGGAUCCGGACAGGUAUGACUUUGACGAUGAUGAACUGGACGAGUUGGGAUUAGGAUCCAGUAAGAAGAUGUCGGUAGUCGAGCUGGAGCGGACAAAGAAGGUCCAGCCCCUACUGCGUUUCACCACUCUCCUGCACAAACGCGUGCAGAUCGAUAUACUCUCUCACAGGCCGGUUGACCUUGACAGUCCAGAUCGCUCAAAGGGCCUGGACAUUCUACCUGAUCAUUCACAUGCGUUGCUUCUUGCCUCUGAAGAGCUCGUUGCCGCACUGUAUGCCCCGCAGGAUCCAGCCACUUUAAGCUCUGCCAUCCCUCCGCUCGUGGAAUCCGUUCACAAAUUACGAGACACGCUCCUGGAGGGCGACCUACUACCUCCUGCGCAAGAUUCAGACCAAGCGCUAGCUACCGCGAUAUCUGUUUUGACUGUGGGGGGAGGAAGUUCAAAAGCUCAAGGGAAGAAGUCGACAGAUGUGCGGAAGUGGUUUGAGACAUGCUUCGAGCAGAUUGACAGGGUGUCAAAGAUACUGUAUGAUGACUUGCGGCAGGAGGAUCCGGGUACAAUAUGA